CGUUCUUUUUCUCCCCCUCUCCAUCUCAUCUCAUCUCUCUCUCUCUCUGGACCGCGGCAACGUCGUCUCGAAAGAAUCUCGGGAACGAGAAAGAAAACAAGCAAAAACCCAUGUUGGAUCUCAACCUCGGAAUCUUCUCCUCACACAACAAUCACGAAGAAGAUGAUCGGAAAACUACCGCCGGAGAUUGUUCACCCAACAAAUCCUCCUCCGGCGCCGAUCCCUUCAUCGCCUUCGGCAUUCUAAAACGAGACCACGACGAAACCCGACGUCCCCAUCAUCACACUCUCCUCGGGACACGUCAGCUUUUUCCGAUCGCCGGAGAGAAUCCUUCCGACUUCUCCGGCGGCGGAGACGCCGAUCAAUGGCUGAACCUCUCGCCGGCUCUGCAAAAGAUUGCUUAUCAUAACGAUAACAAUAGUAAGAAGGCGACGAAGAAGAGCCGGCGAGGGCCUAGGUCUAAGAGUUCUCAGUACCGAGGGGUCACUUUCUACAGAAGAACCGGUCGAUGGGAGUCUCAUAUUUGGGAUUGUGGAAAGCAAGUUUAUUUGGGUGGUUUUGACACUGCCUAUGCAGCAGCAAGAGCAUACGACCGAGCUGCCAUCAAAUUCAGAGGCCUCGACGCAGAUAUCAACUUCGACGUCAACGAUUACAGAGAAGACAUUGAAAAGAUGAACAACUUAAGCAAAGAAGAGUUCGUCCAGUCACUGAGGCGAGUGAGCGCCAGUUUUGCAAGGGGAACCUCUAGAUACAAAGGCUUCACGCUCCAUAGAUGCAACAAAUGGAAUUCAGAUUCGGUCCAUCUCUUCCAAAACCGGAUAUGGGACGUUGUGGGAGGCAUCGAUUGCAAGGAAAUGGGAAACGGCGGAGGAGGAAUGAUGUUAGGUGCCUAUAAUGAAGGAAACGAACACAACGAUCUCUCACUAAGUCUCGGAAUACCAUCAUCAUCAUCAUCCACGACCACGAAAACAAAACCGAAGACAACCGACUGUUUUAACGGAUCGAAGACGGUGAAUUUGUUCGGUAAGAGAUCGUCACCGAUCUAUCUACCGGUGGAAACCAUGAAAAAGCCAUUGAAGACAGUUGCUGCAGCAUCAUCAGGAUUCCCUUACAUCGCCAUUAUCAAUCCCUCUUCCAAUAUUACUUCCCCUUAUAUUCUUGAUCCAUAGAGGAUCAUUCAUAUUUUAUAUAUUAACAGUUAUUUUUUGGAUUGUAAUUAUAUCGAAUUGGAAGAUGAGAAAAAACCCUUAUCCACAAAAAGGAAAUGCAUAUCCCACUAUAUAUA